ACCAAGUUCUUUGUGUCAGAAAACAAAGAGAUUACUGAAACAUACAAGGGCAGAACAGCAGUGAAACUUGGCAUUCCUAUUGUAUCAUUGUCAUUCAUUGAUGACUGUGCGCAACAACAGAAAUUACUCGACAGUGAUGAAUAUCUGUUGGUUGGAAAAUAUACGGCCAAACAGUUCUCAUCGGGCAUUAUAAAAGGUAACGAGUAAUGUAUUAUAAUGAGUUUGAGAUGCGACAAUGAUAUGUAAUUCAAAUCUAACACGUUGUUUUACUGAUAAUUGUUUUUAGCAAAUGUCCAGAAACCAAGUGGUGCUAAGGCGAAAUUACUAAAACCCUUGUCACUUGCAAAUCUGAAGUCUACAAGGUAAUUGAUGCAUAUUUCAUUGACAUUGUGAUUGUUUUAGUAUGGAGAAAUGGCAAAGCCGGUCCGCUUUUGAACAUGCUGCAUAGAUUAAAUUUAUUUUCAAUCCCUGUAAUGUAUGCUUGUGAGUAAGUGGAGGAGACCUAAGUUGAAUUACGUAUGCCACAACUCAACCUGAUUGAGUCAAAGGUUUUCUAAGGGCGCCUCUGGCAGCCACCUUAUGACUCCUAUCUGAUCAUGGAGUACAGGCAAAUCUAAUGCUAAUUGAGCCUGUGUUUCUUUGUAAGACCGCCAUAGAUUUGACUCCUACCAGAAGGUCUGUAGUUGCAUUUUUCGCAGCUGUUUCUGGUUAGAUCUUAAUAUAUGUAUAAAACUUAGAAAAGCUACAAAAAUCUUUAACAAUUAGUUAUAUCGAAUGAGAUGUCGAAGGUCAUGACAUAUAUCCAAAAUAUUAAUCACAUGUAAAAUAUUUUAUUUAGAGUUUAUUUAUACAAUCAAGAGAGUGAUACUGUUCCUUUCUUUCCAGAGGAUGAAUAUGAAACCAUUAAAUAUGCUUGGUUCAAGGUAAAUGAAAAUGAUUUUACCGUGUGUAAAAGUGUGAGGGAUUGUAAAAUUGUCGUUGAAAAAUAGUUUUAUCUUAUAUUUUUUGAUAAUUUGUUAAAGAAAACUGACAAGAAUGGUUCAAGUCGUUUUGUUGCAAUUGAGUUGCAUGUUUCUACCGCCUCAGGAAGUGCGAGUGAUGAGAAGCUACGACCUUUACAUCGUAUAUUCACUCAUCUUGGAGUCAUUCUUGGUUUGUUCUGUCAGAAAUAUUGA